CCAGUGGAAAUAGGUAUAAUAAUUUCUGUAUUUAUCUCCUUGACUCGGUUCAAAACUUUACCGACCACGUGACAGUCAUAAUCUUUACUAUCGGCCGUAGAUACAGUCAUAGCAGAACUCACAUAAUGUCUAAACUGACCGUUAAUUUCAAAGCGUCCGUAUGAACUUUGAUGCUUAUUAAACAUCUAAUAUACACAACGCUGUAUUAAUAUCAGAUUUUAUCAUCAUUAAUAUCAUAGUUUUUUUUUAUUACCUUUUCAAUAUUAAAAAUAAUGAUUACGGAAGCUGCAAAUACCGUUGUCGAAGAUGAAGAUUUGGGAGAUUGUCAAGGGCAAGCCAAACUUAUUAAAACUUUGGAAGGCAAUGGUAUUACAGCUGGUGAUAUCAAAAAAUUGGAAGAAGCUGGAUUUUACACAGUUGAAUCUGUGGCAUAUACUCCCAAAAAGAUUUUAAUGGACAUUAAAGGAAUAAGCGAUGGAAAAGCAGACAAAAUUCUACAGGAAGCUUUUAAAUUAGUUACAAUGGGAUUUAAAACUGCGGCUGAAGUACAUAUGAUUAGAGCAAAUAUAGUUUAUAUAACAACUGGUUCUGCAGAAUUAGAUCGACUUCUAGGAGGUGGAAUUGAAACUGGAUCAAUCACUGAAAUUUUUGGAGAAUUUAGAACUGGAAAAUCACAACUUUGUCACACUUUAGCUGUAAAUUGUCAAUUACCUGUUGACAUGGGGGGUGCUGAAGCCAAAUGUAUAUAUAUUGACACCGAAGGUACUUUUAGACCAGAAAGAUUAAUUGCUGUAGCUGAAAGAUAUAAUAUUAAUGGUGAUUGUGUACUUGACAAUGUUGCAACUGCACGCGCAUAUACCUCUGACCAUCAAACUAAACUUUUAAUAAAAGCUAGUGCUAUGAUGUCAGAAUCUAGAUAUGGGCUAUUAAUUGUGGACAGUGCAACUGCUUUAUAUAGAACUGAUUAUGUAGGUAGGGGUGAAUUGCAAGCUAGACAGAGUCAUUUAGCUAAAUUUCUCAGAUUGUUGCUCAGAUUAGCGGAUGAAUUUGGAUGUGCUGUAGUAAUCACUAAUCAGGUUGUUGCACAAGUCGAUGGUGCAGCAAGUAUGUUUGGUGGUGAUCAAAAGAAACCUAUUGGUGGUAAUAUCAUAGCUCAUUCUAGUACAACCAGACUUUACUUACGUAAAGGAAGAGGUGAAACAAGAAUUUGUAAAAUCUAUGAUUCUCCAUGUUUACCUGAAAGUGAAGCUACAUUUGCUAUAAAUACAGAUGGAAUUGGCGACGUUAAGGAAUAAACAUUUCGUAACUAUAAAGGCAGUAUUAUUAGUUAAAUUGUUAAAUAAAUUCUUUAUUAAUGGGACAAAACUUGAACU